CCGUCCCUUCUUCCCAAAAGUAUUCCCCCCUGCUGUUUUCUUUAACGAAAAAGAAAUUUUUUUUAGUUCGGCCAUUUAGAAAUCCAUGUCGAUCCCCAUUUCUCCUUUCCGUGGAAUCCACCACGUGGGCUUCUCGAAGGUGUCGUUGCUCAAGACAAGCCCCCCCCUUCCCCUUCUCUCCCACACUCUAUAAAUAGACUUCAUCUCCCAAUCCCCCUCCCCCAAAUCGAACGCCUUCAAAUCUUAAACAAAAAAACAAAAGGAAAAAAAGAAAAAAAAGAGGAAAAAAAAAAUCACCGACCCGGACUCCCCCGACUCCCGAAGAAGCUCAAACUUAGAGCCCAAACUCUCCCCCCACCCGCCUUCCUUGCUUUCCUCUCUUCCUCCUCUUGUUCGAACCCAAACCAUGACGGCCUCCACCAAUCUCCACUCAGGAGUAGCCGACCACCUCUACACAGCCCACCAAUCGAAUCCUCUCUUGGGCCUCAAUCGCUCUAAAUCUUUUAUCAAAUUACUAAGAACGCCUCCACCCCAACCCACCUGCAUCCAUUGUUCCACCUCCUCCCAUUCCAUCCUCAACCUCUCCACCCACUCCUCUUCCUACUUCCCACCAUCUCCUUAUCUCAAGGAGGACUUGCCGUCGCCGGCGACGUCGACCAAGCCCGAUCAGCGGAACCACCGCCCCCAGACCGCACGGCCACAGUGGAACUUCAUCCAGCGACUGGCCGCCGCCGCCCUCGAUGCCGUCGAGAACGCCUUCAUAUCCAACGUGCUCGAAGGCCCGCACCUGCUGCCCCAGACCGCCGACCCCGCCGUCCAGAUCGCCGGCAACUUCGCUCCCGUCGACGAGCAGCCUCCCCACCAUGACCUCCCCGUCUCCGGACGGAUCCCGCCGUCCAUCAAUGGUGUGUACGUGCGGAACGGCGCCAACCCGCUAUUCGAGCCCGUCGCCGGCCACCACUUCUUCGACGGCGACGGUAUGGUCCACGCCGUCCGCCUCCGCAAUGGCAGCGCCAGCUACGCGUGCCGGUUCACCGAGACGGAGCGCCUCCGGCAGGAACGCGCGAUCGGGCGGCCGAUCUUCCCCAAGGCCAUCGGCGAGCUCCACGGCCACUCCGGCAUCGCCCGCCUCCUCCUCUUCUACGCCCGCGGCCUCUUCGGCCUCGUCGACGCCUCCCACGGAACCGGCGUCGCCAACGCCGGCCUCAUCUAUUUCCACGACCGCCUCCUCGCCAUGUCGGAGGACGAUCUCCCCUACCACGUCCGCAUCACACCCUCUGGCGACCUCGAGACCGUCGGCCGCUACGACUUCGACGGGCAGCUCCGCUCCGCCAUGAUCGCCCACCCCAAGCUCGAUCCGGCCACCCGCGAGCUCUUCGCUCUCAGCUACGACGUCAUCCAGAAGCCGUACCUCAAGUACUUCCGCUUCUCCCCCGACGGCAACAAGUCGCCGGACGUCGAGAUCCCCCUCGACCAGCCGACCAUGAUGCACGACUUCGCCAUGACCGACAAUUUCGUCGUGAUCCCCGACCAGCAGGUAGUCUUCAAGCUCCAGGAGAUGAUCCGCGGCGGCUCGCCGGUCGUCUACGACCGGAGCAAGACCUCCCGCUUCGGGAUCCUCCCCAAGUACGCCGCCGACGCGUCGGAGAUGAUGUGGGUCGACGUUCCCGACUGCUUCUGUUUCCACCUCUGGAACGCAUGGGAGGAGCCCGCCACCGGCGAGGUCGUCGUCAUCGGCUCCUGCAUGACGCCGGCCGAUUCCAUAUUCAACGAGAACGACGAGAGCCUCAAGAGCGUGCUGUCGGAGAUCCGGCUCGAUCCAUCGACCGGCAAGUCCACCCGCCGGCACAUUCUCGCCCCCGACGACCAAUUGAACCUGGAGGCCGGAAUGGUGAACCGGAACAAGCUCGGUCGGAAGACCCGCUACGCCUACCUGGCCAUCGCGGAGCCGUGGCCCAAGGUGUCGGGCUUCGCGAAGGUGGACCUGUUAACCGGCGAGGUGGCCAAGUUCAUGUACGGCGGCAGCCGGUACGGCGGGGAGCCGUACUUCGUGGCGAGGGAUGCGGCAUCGCCGAGGGAGGAUGACGGGCACGUGCUGGCCUUCAUGCACGAUGAAACGACGUCGGAGUCGGAGCUGCUCAUCGUCAACGCUGCCGACAUGCGGCUCCAGGCGUCGGUGAAGCUGCCAUCCAGAGUUCCCUAUGGCUUUCAUGGGACAUUCAUCAACUCAAAGGACUUGGAGUCACAGGCUUAGAAGAGGAGGCCACCCCUCUUCUUCUGUAUCUAUCUUCUUCCUUUGAGGGUGAGGGGAGAUUUACCAGAGGGAUAUGCUUGAUGGAGGUCCCCGGAGUCUCCCUGGUUAGUUUAUUCUGUUUGGUUUACCAUGUUUUGUUUUUACCGUUGGUUUCUUUUCUACAGUUAGUAGUACUUUAGGACCGUGAGAGAGUAGAGACCAGCUCGUAGCUUUGUUUGGGGCUGUAGUUAGGUUUGGCGAGCUCAGCUGGUCUCUGUUAUUCUUUCUUUCCCCUUUUUUCCCCUCCUCCUCUCUCAGUUUAUAGGUAGUGAGACCGUUGUUGAUGAUAGCUUUGUUUCCAUAAUAAUUCUCUUCACGAUCUUCUCAUGUCUUUGUCUAUUGAGUGAAGGGGGAUCAUGUAUUCGUGUGUAGGGAAGCACAGGGCCCCAUCCCCUUGGUUUCCUGGCUUGUGAAUAUUAUUCAGAAUAAAAUAUAUAUGUAUAUGUUGUUGUUGUUGCA